GAAAAUCUCGGAGAAUCAAACAAUGAAGGUAGCAAAACUGGCUCAAUGCCUACAGUUUUUUUUUACUUUUCCGAUACCCUUUCAAUGAUCAAAUCUGUACUCAUCUUUAACAAUCACGGUAAACCACGACUUAUCAAGUUUUAUCAACAAAUUGAUAUUGCCACUCAGCAAGCAUUAGUACAAGAAAUAUUCACACUUGUUUCAAAACGACCAGACACAUCAUGUAAUUUCUUAGAAGGCAGUAAACUUCUUGGAGGAAAAGAUACACGCGUGAUUUAUAGACAUUAUGCAACAUUAUAUUUUGUAUUUGUUGUUGACGAGAGUGAAAGUGAACUUGGCAUAUUAGACCUUAUUCAAGUCUUUGUCGAAAGCUUGGAUCGUUGCUUUGAAAAUGUGUGUGAGUUAGACUUGAUAUUCCACUUUGAUGAAAUUCAUGCCAUCUUGUCUGAAAUUAUACAAGGUGGAUUGGUGCUAGAGACUGAUAUAAGAGAAAUUGUAGCUGCAGUCAAUGAAGCAAAUAAGGCCAAGAAGAAAGGCACUGGAGUUACUGCAACCAGUUUAGGUUUAAGGGCGACUGAAUCAUUAAAAAACGGUUUUCGUCAUUAAUAAAAGAGAAAGAAAAAAGUGAAAGCGUC